GGAAAAAAGGCGUGUUAAAUUAUGCCGCUUUUCCAUCGUCAGCACUACUCAGCCUGGAAAAGGGGCGUGAUUCUCUGCAUGUUUUACUCACUCGUCUUGCAGCGAAAUCCAAUAUUCUUUACCAGCACAACGACGAUGAAAAAUAUCACGGAGUCCAGUUCUAAGUGAGGUGACAUUUCCUCACAUAACCUAUUUGUUUUAUUUUGAUUUUUGUAUUUGGAUUAACGGAGAAAAGAUACAAGUAUGUUGGAAAAAAUAGGAAAAACAGCAGUAGGUGCUUUAAGAAAUUUCCACACAACUCAUGCUUACCUAUGGAAUAUUCCCAAACAAGCUGAACUAGACAUAUUCUUCUUGUGCAAUCCGAGUAAUCUGAGUAAUAUAGAACAAAAUAUAGCAAAUAGAAAAGGAAUUGGGGACAUCAGGCGGGCACAUGAACUGAAAACGCGACUAGAUAAGACCGACACAUCUUCUAUUGAGUACAGCAAGUUGAAAGAAGAGCUUUAUCAAGAGCUGCUCAGGAUUCCAAAUGAAACUCAUCCUAAUCUAGCCAAAAUGGAAGAAGAACCAAAGAUAUUGAAGCUGGUCAAUGAAAAACCGUAUGAAGGUUUCAAAUAUUUAGAAUUUCAUGAGAUAGCAAAAAGACUUAAGUUGGUAAGGACUGAGCAGCUUGGAAAUGUUAGUGGAAACAGAAGUUAUUACCUUUUAGGAGAAAUGGCAGAAUUGGAACAUGCUUUAGUGAAUUAUUUUUUAGAAAACUUGAUUGUAAACCAUGGUUUUGAGCUAAUUUCAGUUCCCGAUAUAUUACCUAGAGAUGUUAUAGAAAGAUGUGGGAUGAAGACUAGAGGAGAAAGAAAUCAAGUAUAUAGCUUAGAUCCAACUCGGCAUGAUUCUGACCUAUGCUUAUCAGGAACAUCAGAAAUGUCUCUAGCAGGGUUCUUGAGUGGUAAGGUUUUUAAAGAAGAAGAAUUGCCAAAAAAGUUAGCUGCAGUUAGUAGGUGUUUUAGAGCAGAAACUUCUAGUGUUGCAGAGGAAAGAGGCAUAUUUAGAGUACAUGAGUUCACCAAAGUAGAGAUGUUCGUUGCAACAAAUCCUAUGAUGUCCGAUAAGCAUUUAGAAGAGAUAUGCACAAUACAGGAGAAAGGCUUUGAAUCUUUAGGGUUGCACUUUCAAGUUCUUGACAUGCCUCCUCAUGAACUGGGUGCUCCAGCUUAUAGAAAGUAUGACAUUGAGGCAUGGAUGCCUGGCAGAAAAAUGUUUGGAGAAAUUUCUAGUUGCAGUAAUUGUACUGACUAUCAGUCCAGAAGACUUGGCAUCAAGUACGUCACAAAGUUCGGACACGAGCGGUUUGUGCACACGCUAAAUGGUACAGCUUGUGCAAUACCGAGGUUGUUGAUAGCCUUAACAGAAACCUUCCAGCAUGAAAAAGGCUAUAUUAAUAUUCCAUUAGUUUUACAUAAAUAUAUGAGAGGCAAAACGACGAUAUCUAAGCAGAAACAUAUACCAGAAUUGAAACUUGUGAAGCAUAAGAAAUAAAGUUUUUUCUAGAAGAUGCCAACUUAGCGCUAGCUGUUGUACACUUGUUGUGUACUCGUUCCGUAGUUGUACGUGUUGCUGAAACGUUAUGAUGCUUCAGCUAUGAAUGUUUGGCUCCGAUGU